CGACUCUCACUUCACGACAAAACAGAAUCGCCGGCAACCAAAAGCACACCCUUUCCCUCCCCCGCAAAAUUGCCAAGUCAAAUCCCAAGCGCCCCAUAUUUAUUUUUCCGUCCACUGGUCAACUUCUAGCUAUAUACAACGACCCGACAAUACACGUCAACUGCGGUGGCGAACAUCGACGGACUAUUUCAAUGGCGAGCGUCUGCGUCUUCUCGCCGAUACUGAGGCCGACCUUCCAAUGAUGGCGAGCUUGAGCUGGGUAUAUGGGUCUCUCUUCUAAGAUCGACUUCCUGGGACCGAGGGAUUUGCAGCGUUGAGGAUGGAGGGGAGAAGAGCUUGGCGGGUGUGAUGUACCAUGGACGUUGCUGUGUUCGGCCAUGGAUAGAUUGGUUUGGGGAGUUGUAUAAGAGCUGUUAUCUAGUGAUGGAGGGAGUAAGACGUCUCCUCCCACCCACGGCAAACCAACGACAUCAACCACGAUGAAGUCCCCCCUCACCAACUUGGCGCUUCUUCUUCUCGCCAGCACCUCCACCACCGCCCUCGCAGCAUCCAACGUCUCCCUCCCAAAUGGCUGGUUCACCAUCCCCCCCGCCGCGAAAAUCUCUCCUGCCUCCUUCCACGGCGCACCGCGCUACCUCACCUGGAUGGCAGACAGCCACAUCAAGCACGGCAUCGAGCCCACGCACGCCUACACCGUAUCCGCCUUCCUAUCGGGCGUAAAACUCGCCUACGACCGCACCGGCGAUGAGAAAUACUACGCCUUCAUUGAGAAGCACACGAAUAUCCAGUUAUACCCCGACUGGAACGGCCAGAUCCUGGGGUACAACAAUAGUAACUCUAUUGAUGAUAUCCGCUUCGGACACACGUUCCUCGAUAUGUACAAUCUAACCAACGGGGAGGAGAUUUACAAGAUCGCUGCCCAGACACUGCGCGACCAGAUUGAUCGCUCGAGACGCACACCUGCAGGGGGGUUCUAUCAUCGCUAUCCAGAAUAUGCCGAUCAGAUGUGGUUGGACGGUAUCUACAUGCUAGACGUCUUCUACGCGCGGUGGACGCACGAGUUCGAGCCCGCCAACACCACAGCCUGGGACGACAUCGCGCUGCAAUUCGACCUCAUCGACGCCGGAACGCGGGGGGAUUGGAACCGCACGCACGGCCUGCCCGUGCACGGCUUCGACGUAAGCAAGACGCAGAUCUGGGCUGAUCCCGUAACGGGCGCGGCGCCGCAUGUAUGGGGGCGAGCAGUCGGGUGGUACAUAAUGGCCCUCAUAGACACACUAGACUACUUCCCCGCCCACCACCCGGGCCGCGCCCGUCUACUAACCUACCUGCACUCCCUCGCCGACGCGAUCGUCGCCGUGCAAGACAGCACAUACAAGGGCUGGUACAAUAUCAUGGAUCCCGGGCUGGAGGUGCGCUCGGGGAAUUAUAUCGAGAGCUCCGGCACGGCUAUGUUCGUGUACGGGUUGUUCAAGAGUCUGCGCCUUGGGUACGUUUCAGGGGCUAAGUAUGUCGAUGCUGCGAUGAGCGCGUGGGAACUUAUGACGGGGGUGUUUGUUGAGGAGAGGGGUGGGGAUGGUGCGUUGGCGUGGGGGUGGACUGUGCAGACGGGGAGUUUGAGCUCGAAUGGGAGCUUUGAGUACUAUGCGAGUAUCCCGCUUUUUGAAAAUGACCUCAAGGGCGUUGCACCGUUUCUAUUCUCGGCGUAUGAGUACGAGCUUUUUGUUGAGGGGAAGAAGUGAAUAUGCUGGAACGAGUGCGUUCACUGCGUUGGUGGCCAUGGUAAAUAGAGCGGGGAAGACGUUUAGACGGAUACACACCAGAAGGCUGUUUGAUAAUCUUUUCAAUGCGCGUGUAAGCAUCCCAACAGACAUGUACCAACAGGCGGCGAAUAGCUUGUACUUCAGGGCGAAACCACAGUACAGCAUGGGCC